AUCACCCCCACGUCCCACAGGUGUAGGGCUCAGUCCAACAACUCACGACAAUGACAGCAGGAGCUCUGCACCUCUGGGUCGUCCUCGCGCUCCAGCUGAGAUGCGUCGCCCCGCUCGCCAUCCUGCGGGAGAGAGGGACAGCCGGGCAACAGGAAAGUUUGGACGCGAAGGCUGGGAACGAGAAGCUGGACGCCUCAGUCCAUCUGAAGGAUUUACCUCGAGGACCGGCGGUGGCUCCUCACAAGAAGGCGCCACAGUUCAUGUUGGAUCUAUUUAACGCAGUUUCCAUCUCUGAUGGAACCCCGAAAAGCCAGAAGGACAUUCUGGAAGGAAACAUAGUGCGGAGUUUCGAGGAUAAAGGUCACCCUGGAGAGAGGUUUCACUUCUUCAACCUGUCGUCUUUCGGCCGCGAGGAGAGAAUGAUCAAAGCGGAGUUUCGUUGGUUCAGAAAGAAACAGAAGUUUUACCUCGGAAAGUCAAACAGGGCUCAUUUCUAUAAGGUAGAUCUCUACGAAGUGCUGGACAGCCGAGUUAAACCAUGGAGAGGAAACCUCAUCACCUCUAGACUGGUGCCCCUCUAUACACAGGGAUGGGAAGUUUUCAAUGUCACUCAAACGGUGUCAAAGUGGAUCCACAACAGCCAGGAGAAUAACGGCAUCCUGGUGGUGACUACACUUCCCUCUGGUAACUGGAUGGAGUCAAUGGUGUCCUCCAAACAGCACGAGCUGUCAGACACGGGGGCCUACCUGGUGAUAUUCUCAGAUGAUGGGAGGACAGGAGCAUCAAACCAGUCUUACCUAGGACAAACCAAACCCGCAGCAGCACCUGAGCUUCACAGCGGCCCAAGCAGAAGAAGACGGUCAUCUCAAGGACUCCUGGCACACGGCCGACCCCAGUCCUGCCAGCGGGUUCCUCUGUUUGUUGACUUCGAGGAGAUCGGCUGGUCCGGCUGGAUCAUCUCUCCGAGGGGAUACAACGCCUACCACUGCAGAGGCUCCUGCCCGUUUCCCUUGGGGGGAAACCUCAGAGCGACCAACCAUGCCACGGUGCGCUCCAUCAUGCACGCCCUCAAGCUCUCUAGUGAUGAGGUUGGAGCGCCAUGCUGCGUUCCCGACAAACUCCAGUCCAUCAGUUUGCUAUAUUUCGACGAUGAAGAGAAUGUGGUUCUGAAGCAGUAUGACGACAUGGUGGCACUGAGCUGCGGAUGUCACUGACUCUUUCACGCUGGGACAAUAACGGAUGGGAAGGUGAUGGUUUGCUUGAGUUUGAUUGAAACACUGUAAUUUUCCUGCAUAUGUUUAAAUAUUGUACUAUUUUGUGAAAUAAAACAAAUAUUCUUCAA